AGCUGAUCUUCUGGAAGGCAUUAAGGCUGCACUCCUCUCCCCAUCCCACAGGACGCAGCGAUGCUGGGGUACCCUGCAGCCCCCGGCCCCUCUGCUGCCCCACACCCACGUGCUGGCCCUGCUCCUGCCUGCACCUGGGUCACAUCUACCAUCAGGGUUGUGCCAUGUCCCCGCUCCCCAUGCAAGCUCCAGCAUCACGGACAGAGCUGCCCCAGGGACCUCGAAGCACCCCGCACCCCGAUGAUGCUGUCCCCUCCAACCAGAGCACCCCAUGUGCCCAGCAGAGCAUCCCUGCAUGGCACAUCUCAUGGGAAGAGGGAUUCCCAUCCUGGAGCAUGAAUGGGUUUUGGGAUGCGGCGAUGGCCUCGUCGUGCUGUCGGAAUUUGGGACACUAAAUUGAAAGCAGGAACCGAGGCAGGAAAACAGCUGUUGGCCACAGCCCUGAGCGAUUUCCUUUGGGUCAGAAGCUGGACCCAGUGUGAAGCCGGGCUCAGCGCAAGGGGAGGAAAGCAGGGAAAAGAGCCCUUUCCCGCAGCAUCUGCCUGCACUCUUGGCUCUGCCUUUCCAAAAUGCCUCUUUCCCUUGUCUGCAGUGGCUGUGGCAAUGCAGUCGGAGUGCUCCUCUCCUUUGUCAGCCCCCAACAUGUUCCCAAGAGCCUCCAUACCCAUCCCAGGUUUGCUGAGAGCCAUGGAGCUCAAUGGGGCUGCACACCAGGCUGGGAACAGGAGCAGAUCCUGGGGUCACUUUCUGCUUGGGGUCAGACAGAGCCAUGUUCCCAUGCACAGUGCAGAGCGGGUCCACCGAACACCGCCGAAAGCCAUUUCCUUCUGUUCGCUGCCAUCCUUCAGGCCACCAAGUGGCCACCAACCACCAGUGCUCAGCCAUCCUACGGUGACCGGGUGCCCCAGGGCCCAAUGGCGGCACAGUGGCUCUGUUGUGCCCGGCCGGGCAGAACGGCACUCGGGAGCACGGGAUCUGUGUUGCAGUAACAUCGGUAUUCUUGGCCCCUCUCCAGCCACUUCCCACCACACGCAUUCAUGUGCAUGAUUAGCGUUCUUGCAUUCUUUGAAUGUGGGCCAGAUAAUGAGUUCAAAACUUCAUUAAAACAUAAUCUUUUCCUCGCCGCCCCCCAUCCUUCCCAUGCACACGCACACACGUGUGCACACACACGCGUCCCAGAGCCACCUGGAGGCCCCCCCCGCCUGGGGACAGUGCUUGCAGGGACCACCGGUGUCACACAUGUGUUGGGGAUCAGCGGGGACAUUCUCUGGACUUGGCCUAAUUAGAUGUAGCAGAGGGGGAGAGCAAAAUCCAAACCAUGUGCUUGAAUUUAAUACGAGCGCUUUCGUGCUGACCCGCUGGCCCCUCCACCCAAACGCACCGGGGCUCAGCAGGCUCUGCAUCUUUAACAGCUCCCUGGGUCUCCCUGUAAGCCCCACAGCACAUGGAGCAACUCUGGGCCUGGCUUGGGCUUUGUCUCCAUCCCUGGGGUCCCACAGGGGAGGAAACAAACUAUGCAGCUGGAGGCACUCAGGGCUCAGGUAGGUGCGGGGUUUGCUCGUGGUGCUGUUCUUGGGCACGCUCCAUCCCCCUGCCCCAGUCAUUGCAGAGAGAAGGAUGGUGGGGCUCAGGCUCUGGGCACCUCCAAAGAGAAGGGGGGAGCAGGGCAAGGGCUGAAUAUCAUCACCCAAGCCAUGCUGAUGCAAGACCCAGGGCUGAAGGUGGGACCAGACCCAAAGCAGUCAAAGCUCCUGGAGGAGGCAGUGGGAGGAGGGCAACCAGUAGGAUGUGGCUUUUCUUUGCGCAGGCAAGCCUCUCCUCUGCAGCCCCCAACCAGCAGCAUCCUGACAACUUGUAGAAUCAUCAAAACACGGAGGUUGGCAAAGACCACUAAGACCAUCCUGUCCAGCUGCUGACCCAUCCCCACCAUGACAACGCAUGAAGCUGGAAAAGAGCCUUAAGAUCACCAAGUCCAACCACUGAUACAUCCUCAAUGUGCCCGAAGACACGGCCAAGGAAGAUACUUGUCCUGCAGACCCACACGGUGACACUUUUCCACGCAGUGAUGCAGAGAUGCACUCGCCCAACACCAGCAUCCCGCAGCCCUCAAGCACCUUCAGCACCGCAUUGUGGCGGCACAGAGCGAGAGCGGAGUUCCCCAUAGGGCUGAAAGCCCUUUGGAUGUGCUAGUGCUUUGAUUACUUGACAGAGCAUGUUUUUUAAAUUACUCUUGUGUAAAUAUUUACGCAUUUUUACAAGAACCAUGUUGGGAGCAACAGGACACAGCCCAGGAAGGGAUGAAGGGGAGCUGGAUGGGCGCGGGACGGCCCCAGCCCUGCAUCCAUCCCCUGAUCCCGAGGGCAUGGAAAAGCGCUGAUGCUGCUCAGAGCCACCCCCGGCGGCCCCGGCCCGCUCCCGGGCUGUGUUUUGGGAAGGCCGAGGGUGAGCUCCCCCCUCCCUUCCCCCACCCGCAGAUGGGAUCCACAACGAGCCUGGUGUUUUCCGCCGAGCUCAGCAGAAAUGAGCCCAGGAGGUCAGUGACCAGAGAAAGGGAUGAUCCAUCAUUAAAUAAAUUGUUUUCAUUUCCCAGGAUAAAGGGGAGGAAGGGGAGGGGGGUGCUGGAUUGGGACUGAAAAUAAAAUGAGCGAAAUGCAGGAAAAGCCCCCCCUGCGCUCCCUGCACGAAUAGCCCCGCUCCUCCCGCUCAGCAGCCCCGCGCUCUCACAGGGCUUUUACAGCCAAUCCCUUAAUGUGAUUAUAAUAAUUAUUUCUUUACUAGCAUAUUUUUUUUUUUAAACAGCCUCUUUUGAAAUUGCACCGGGGGAGCCAAGACUCCAGCUGAGCCCUGGCCCGCAGGAAGGAGCCGGGGCCGGGGGAGCGUGUGAACGUGCGCGUGUGCGUGCGAGCCAGCACGUGUGCGAGAGCGCGGGCGUGCAUCGGUGCCCAUGCGGCAGCCAGCGGUGCCCGUGCCAGGUGUGUGUGCACAUCCCUGGGCUGUCAGCGAGGGCACGCGGCACAGUGGGCACGCACAUGUGGGUGCGCACACGAGGGCACGUGUGCUGGAGAGCUGCCCCCCUCCUGAGCCUUCCUAAGGCUGUGACCCCCCAGCUCCCCGCGAUACGCAUGCUGGUGUUGGCGCCCCAUCGAGCCCCCACAACCCCUGCUCUGUGUGGUCCCCCCCCCAGCCUCAGGGCUGGGCUUUGAAAUCUGUUGAAAGGAGACCAUUUUUGCCAAAAUAAACAGCCUGUCAUGUUAAAUUACUCUCCCUUCCUCUCAAAGUCCCCUGGUUCCCUCUCCCCCCACCCUGAUCCUGGCCUUUCUGCUAGGGGCCGUUCUGCUCCGGGCUGACUCCUGCUUCCCUGGGGCACACGGGAGGCAGCCGGGGCCGCUGGGAGCCGCUUGGCCUCCGCAUGGCCUCCAUCCUUGCUGCAGAAGCACAGCAGGAGGCUGGGGCUGAUGGUGGGCCCCCAGCCCCACGCUGCAGCAGCGAGCGAUGCAGAGCCGCUGGGUUCAGGCUGCGGGGCAGGGCAAGGCGAACCCUCUGUGUCCCAACCUCCUUGUCCUUUGCCAGCACCUUGCUGUCCCCCAAAUUUCACAGCCACCCCAUUCCCUUCGUGGUGGAACAGCCACAUUCCAUUUCCCCACACUGGGAGCAUAGAGCGGUGCAGGAGCAGCUGGGGAGCUGCUGAGCUGCUGCAGGGUGCUGCAGCCGGGAAGUGCCAUGCUAUCGAUCCCCACGAUCGAACCCCACGCUGCUGGGUUUUUUCUUCUCUCUUGCUUGCCCUCCCUUGCUCUUUUUUUUUUCUUUCUUUCUUUCUUUCUUUUCUUUCUUUCUCCUGUUUCUAAUGGAGUGAAAAUUCGUAGAACCAUAAAAUGCAGAGAUGGAAAACGACCUAUUACCUCAUCCAGCCCAGCCCCUCUGCCAGCGCUGAGCCGUUCCCUGCGAGCGUCCCGGGUGACUCGUCUAGACCAAGCACGCACCGCUCCAAUGGCCAUUCCAGCACUUCCCCGAGGAGAUUAUUCCAUGCUCUAACUGACCUUAUGGUUAGGAAAUUUUUCCUGAUGGCUCAACUCAAGCGUUUCUUUGCUAAGCUGGAGCCUACUGCUUGCUCUGCCCUGAGCACCCAUCCCUCUGUUAGCAGCAGAAGGCUGUGCCUCCCACCUGCAGGUCUAGAGCGGCCCUGGAAGGAUUUUCAUCCGUCUGCUGCUUCUUUGCACUUGGGUCAAGUGCUUGACGUCUUCCUCAGACGUGGGCCCACAACCAUGUCCUGCGUGGAGGAAAUGGACUGGGCUGGUGCUUGACCCAAGUCUUCAUUUUGGAGCAGUAAGCAUGAAGGCAAGUGACAGAGAGCAAGAGCAAGAAAAAUCCUGCAGCAAAAUCCUCCCUGCCCAGAAGUGCCAAAGCCUUGGGCUCUGCUUUCUGCACAGCCAGGGUGGGAUGAGGUUUGGGCACAUUGUUAGAGCCGUGUGCUCACGGCAUCACCUCCCGCGGCAUGGAGGGUUGGAUAGGAUCCAGCCUGCAAGUGCAGAGGGCUGGUGACUGCCCAAAGUCCCUGUGUAUGACAUUUGGGGAGCUUGGCAGGAGGCUGUAGGCAGGGAGGGUCGUGACAGGAAUUCGGGGGAGGCAUUUUUUGAUGCAGUUGCAUUUGGUUCCCAAACAACUUUUGAUGUCAGUGAUUUGCAGACUUGUUCUGGCCAGAGUUCCUCACUCAAUUUUGUGUUGGGGGUGUCCUUCCUGUGUGCAUCCCCCUUUGAAUCGCUCUCUUGAGUGCUGACCCUCUGCAUCCCUGCUGCUCCCAGGCAUGCACUGCAGGCAGGAACAACAGCCAACCCGCUCCCCAUCUGUGAGUGCUCCUGAGGGUUUUCCAGGCGGAUUGCAGCAGAUGCUGCAGCGCAAGCACUCCUGUUCCUUCUGCACAUCUCCAUCUUGCUCUUGGGCAGCCCCAGCUGCAGCCAUCCUCUGUGGCAGCCCAUGGGUUCGUGGACCCUAUCAGACUCUCUGCUGCAUGCCUCUGCCUAGGAAAGCAUCCCCUGAAGGAUCCUGAGACACUUUGGGAAUGUGGAGGAUCUGGGCUCACUUUAUAGAAUCAUAGAAUGAUCGGGUUGGAAGGGACCUCACAACCCACCCAGUUCCAACUCCCUGCUGUGGGCUGGGUGCCCCCCGCCAGAUCAGGCUCCCAGGGCCCCACCCAGCCCAGCCCUGAGCACCUGCAGGGACGGGGCAGCCACACUUGUAUGGGCAGCAAUGUCAGAGCUGAGGUGCAGUCUCACCAGAGCCGAGUACGAGCGAUGGUCAUAUCAAGACGCGCGAGGCCAAGCACGCUGCAGGGCGGCAGAGGCGGUGACGGCACAGCUCCAUCUCCAGCCGCUGCCCUGCCCUUGGCUCGCCCCGGCUCUCGCCCAGGUGCCACUCCUCAGCCGGGGUUCCCCCCGCCCAGCACCCGCUCCCUCCCCGCCCUCCCUCCCACGGAGCUCCCUGCUCACAGCCGUGCAGCCCCAGCCAUGGCAGCGGGUGGGUGCCGCUGGCGCAGCUGCCUGGAGGUGGUCGCGUCCCGCCAGGGGCAGCGGGUGCAGCACUUCCAGCAAGCCGAGGACAUCCUGCUGACCUUGCUGGAGCACGUCCACGCCGAAGAGCCCCGCUUCCUGGUGGACUACUCCAGGAACCUGGAAGCCUUCGAGUUCGUGCUCUGCGCCUCCGAGGAUGCCGUCGUGGUGGAGGUGCCACUGCGCAUCGAUGGGGAUGCCUUGCGGGUGCGGCCGUGCCAGCUCACGGACACCGGGAGCACGGGACAAGGGCACCUGGGUGCCUGCAGCCUCGAGGUGCCCUCUGUGGUGACUGGAGUGGGGGACUGGACCAGCUGCACCACAGGUGGGAUGGAGCAGGUACGGUGCCUGGCACCGGGCAAAGUCCUGCAGCGCCUGAAAGAGCUCCUUGUGUCAGCCAUUGUGCAGUGCCAGCGCCGCUCCCUCCUGCAGCCAGGUGAUCUCAGUGCCGAAAAUCUAAAGGAAGAUGCCAUGGAGCUGUCCCUGUUGGUGCGUGGUGGCUGGAGAACCAUCCGCUUUGAUGUGGUUCCGGUGGUCAAGAGGCAGCAGGAGACCCCAGGGCUGGAUGGGAGGCAGCACGACCGCAGUUUCCCCGAGGGCACCCUCCAAAAGGCCACUGGUGAUGCUCACUUUGUCCCAGCCUCCAAACACUGCUGGAGGCUCUCUACCCACCUCCCCAUCCUGAAGCUGCUCUGGGCCGUGGACGCACUGCAGGGACCCCGGUUAGACAGCCUGCGCCUGCUGGAGCAGCUCCGCAGCCAGGACUGGAGGGAAGAGGACGGGAGGGACGGUCUCACCUUCAACCACCUAAAGGUAAGUCCUGCCAGAGGGAGGAACGUCCCAAAAACCCAGAGGGACCGAAGCCAUGUGUGGAGAAGGACGGGCUAUGCCAGCCGUGCCGUAGGUUGUCCUGCACCCCAGUGCACCGGGAGGUGCCCAUUUUUGGAUCUGACGAGGCCCUGUCUCCCCACCCAACCUGUUUUUGGAACUUUGGGCCCAUGCCAGAUGGUGACGCUGGUUGGGAAGGGGCUGUGCCGGGGACGGCACCGCUGUCGCAAUCACAGCCCGCUCUGCCAGGGCGGAGGUGGAGAAUGCGGCCCCAGCCCAAAGCAACCCGAAUCCAACAGGUUUUAUUUCAUGUCG